CAGCAGCAGCAGCAGCAGCGCAGGUGCGGACGCAGUGGAAGCGCGCGAGACGCGGCAGUUUGCUCGGGACUUUCGUGAGAGCUACCUCGCGUGUGAGCCUGUACAUACCGUCGCGCAUCUCUCGGCUGACUGAUAGUGUUUUUCUUUUCACGCGCCCUCUCUGAGAGCAGAGCUGCUUUUCCGAGGGUAAACUUUAUUUUGUUCAAGGAGACUUUGGAGAGGCUUCAACGAGUUUUGUAUACCUGUUGCUUUUGGAUCGAGCUGUGCCCGACACGCGGACUGCAGCGCAGGAUUGAAUUAAACCGAAUGGACGAACUUUGACGAAGGCCACGCUUUGGAGCUGUGUGUGUGUGAGAGAGAGAGAGAGAGAGAGAGAGAGAGAGAGGGAGAGAAAGAGGAGAGCCGAGAGAAUCGGAGGCUGACUCGACGAAGACAAAGGAGAGAGAAAUUUUGAUGCAAGUAUGACUUCGGUGCUUCCGGAGGAGGAGAGCAACGUGACGCGACUGAAGCUCAAGUCAUCGCACGCUGCGCACAGCAGUUCGAAGCAGCGCAACGCAUCCCAUCAGCAGGACGAGUCUCGCUCCUUCCUGACCUUCUCCCGCGAGAACCUGAGCAUCUCGACGUCCGACCUGGAGCAGGGCUUCUCCAAACCGUCGCGUACUCGCUGCUGCAGCCGACAGACGUUGCUCAGCUGUGCCGCCCUGCUUCUGGCUUUGAGUUGCGCCGGCCUCGAGCUUUGGAAGCUCAGGCGCGUACUGGAGAACGCGAGCGACAUCGAGACCCUCAAGAGGGACGUGGAGACGCUGAAGCACCGCUUUCUCGAGAAGGACCUGCUCGACGAACUGCGGGCUUUCGAGGAACAGCUCUACGGCGAAGGCGCGAGCGACGAGGAGGACCUGUCCUCGAACCCGGUCUCCAACAAUUCGGACUACGACUCGAGCUACGACGACUCAUCCGGCGGCACCUCGUCAACCAGCGGCGAUUACCCGACGGUCACGUUCGCCCCGAAUCAUCAGCCGAGUCUCUCGACCAUCUCGAUUCCGAAGCUGACAUCGACCUCCUCCGCGACGCCCUGUACCAGUAAAGACCUCGAGGAGGUCCUCGCGGUCCUUAGACGAGCCGAGGCCGAGAGGGGACAGGCCUUUGAGCAGAGCGUUCGCGAGAGGGAGAGACUCAUCGAGAGCGAGAGGGACAGGGAGCAGAAACGCGUCGUUUCGGAACACCGGAUUCAAAAGGGGGAUGAGAAGCCGCCUGUAUCAAGUGGCCGGAAGAGGAAGAGGGAGGCGACGAGCGCCGGAGAGACGUGGAGAGACAAGACGUUUUAUACGUUUGUCGAUAUCCGUUCGCAGUCGACUGAAACGUCCGUUCCAGAAGUAACCGACAGGAGCCAUCCAUACGAAGCAGGCGGGGUCACUGCCCAUGUAAGCCAUAUCAGCAGCACAACGAAUCCAAAGCAGCGGGUGAAUCCAGUUGAAAUUCUAAAAUAACUAUAUACCGCAGCUCGCACAGCCAAUAUUGCGCGUCUAACUCGACUAUAAUAACAAAAUCAUCACCCCACAGUCGCGCGCAACUACACGAAGCCGCAGCGAAAUUAGCCACGUCUCCGCAUCACGUGCUAUGGUACCAGCAGCCGCAGAAAAUUCAAUCGACCGCCGCACGUGACGAGAGCCGUCGAGCUUUUCAUCGAGUUGAAUAUAUCCACAUAUAAACACAUCUGUGCAGCUCGGCGGAAGCAAAAAACCCACCGCAGACCGAGUGAAAGUGAUUCGAGUUUUUUUCUUCUACGUCACACAAUACGCGCUACUGUGCCGUAAGAGGACAGACGACAUAGAGACAUGUGUAUGCGAAUUCGGUUAUAUUGCGAUAUGUCGUCUGAGAAGUGCGAGAUGAUGUAAGAUAUUUUUUAUAUGUGUACGUAAAGCCGCACCUGUAUUACCGUCUCUUUUCUUUUUGAUACUUUUUCUAUGUGUGUCCAUAUUAUGCAUUACGGAUUUAGAUUACUCUGUAAUUUAUACGAUCAUACGAGCUACGAAAUGUGAAUUCGACGUUGUCCUAUCAGUUGCAUUAACGAAUAAAGUGUUUUAUUACUGACA